UAGGGUUUUAAAGUGGUUUAAAAGGCCAGCCGAUCUCAUUUUUGUUGAGCCCUACGUAUUAGAGCAUAACCGUCGGAACCCUAGGAUCCUUCGUCGCCGGCAACAAUGGGUAUCUCUCGGGAUUCGAUGCACAAGAGACGUGCCACUGGAGGCAAGAAGAAGGCGUGGAGGAAGAAGAGAAAGUACGAGCUUGGAAGACAGCCUGCAAAUACAAAGCUGGUGCCUAAUGCUAAGACUGUUAGGAGGAUAAGGGUCCGAGGAGGCAAUGUGAAGUGGCGUGCUUUGAGGUUGGACACUGGAAACUUCUCUUGGGGCAGUGAGGCUGUUACUAGGAAAACUCGUUUAUUGGAUGUGGUGUACAACGCCUCAAACAAUGAGCUGGUUAGGACACAAACUCUAGUGAAGAGUGCAAUUGUUCAAGUUGAUGCAGCUCCAUUUAAGCAGUGGUAUCUCCAGCACUAUGGAGUUGAUAUUGGUCGCAAGAAGAAGAGUGCUGUCAAGAAGGAAGGAGAGGAGGCUGAGACUGCUCCUGCUGCGGAGGAAAAGAAAAGCAACCAUGUCCAGAGAAAGCUGCAAAAGCGUCAACAAGAUCGUAAGAUUGACCCACAUGUUGAAGAGCAAUUUGCUAGUGGCCGUCUAUUGGCGGCAAUCUCGUCACGACCUGGCCAAUGUGGCCGUGCCGAUGGUUACAUCUUGGAGGGUAAGGAACUGGAGUUCUACAUGAAGAAACUUCAGAAAAAGAAAGGGAAGGGUGCAAGUGGUGCUGCUUAAGAGUUAUAGCUGAUUUCUGUUAUAUCAUCCAAAGCGUCGAAUCAUAUUGCCUCAGUGUUAUUUACUAUUUACAGAAUGGGUAUUAAGAACCUCUUUAGCUGGUAGAGUUAGAUCAGCCCAUCUUUUUGGAAUGUGAUAAUUUUGAGGACAGAUUCAUCCUACUGUUUUCUUCUAAAGAUGUCAUUAAAGAUGUCAUUAAGGUAGUCUCAUCAUUCAGCUUUCAGGUUUUA